AGCAGCAGCGAUAACACGAACACUUGUAUAUAAAUCACUGAAAUGAAGCUCAAGGGUCCAACUACAACGUGGACCCUCUUCUCCUCUACAGAAAUCCCUCUCUCUUUACAGAUUUCCAAGAGAGAGAUGGAAAUCAAAAUCUCAGUUUCUUCAAUUUCAUUGUUCCUCCUUUUUCUGAUGCUGCAUUUUCAUCAGAUGCAAUGCGGAGUAACUUAUGAUAGAAAGGCUAUAAUUAUCAAUGGCCAGAGAAGGAUUCUCAUUUCAGGCUCCAUUCACUAUCCAAGAAGCACUCCUGAGAUGUGGGAAGGUCUCAUAAAGAAGGCGAAAGAUGGAGGGUUGGAUGUCAUCCAGACCUAUGUUUUUUGGAACGGCCAUGAACCUUCUCCCGGCAAUUAUAAUUUCGAGGGGAGAUAUGAUCUUGUGAGGUUUGUAAAGACAGUGCAGAAAGCAGGGAUGUAUGUUCAUCUCCGUGUCGGUCCUUAUGCUUGCGCCGAAUGGAAUUUUGGGGGGUUUCCUGUUUGGUUGAAAUAUGUUCCAGGCAUCAGUUUCAGAACAGAUAAUGAGCCUUUCAAGAUGGCAAUGCAAGGUUUCACCCAAAAGAUUGUGGACUUGAUGAAGAGCGAAGGGCUCUAUGAGUCCCAGGGUGGUCCUAUUAUUCUUUCUCAGAUUGAGAAUGAGUAUGGGCCGUUGAGUAAUGUGCUGGGGCCUCCUGGUCAUGCAUACAUGACUUGGGCCGCAAAAAUGGCGGUCGGAAUGGACACCGGUGUCCCAUGGGUGAUGUGCAAGGAAGAUGAUGCACCUGAUCCGGUGAUUAAUACAUGCAAUGGUUUUUACUGUGACGCCUUUGAUCCAAACAAACCUUACAAGCCGGCAAUGUGGACUGAGGCUUGGAGUGGAUGGUUCACGGAGUUUGGAGGUACAAUCCACAAGCGUCCAGUUCAAGAUUUGGCAUUUGGUGUUGCACGCUUCAUACAGAAGGGAGGCUCUUUUGUUAAUUACUACAUGUACCAUGGAGGAACGAAUUUUGGGCGCACUGCUGGAGGCCCUUUCAUAACAACCAGCUACGAUUAUGAUGCUCCAAUUGAUGAAUAUGGUUUGAUCAGGCAACCUAAAUAUGGACAUCUAAAAGAGCUACAUAGGGCCAUUAAACUGUGUGAGCCAGCUUUAGUUGCUGCUGAUCCAAUUGUUACUUCUCUAGGAACUUAUCAGCAGUCCCAUGUCUUUUCUUCUGCAUCGGGUGGCUGUGCAGCUUUCCUUGCAAACUACAACCCCAAUGACAUAGCAAGAGUUAUGUUCAACAACAUGCACUACAGUCUGCCACCUUGGUCAAUCAGCAUCCUUCCUGAUUGUAGAAAUGUAGUAUUUAACACUGCAAAGGUUGGUGUGCAAACAUCGCAAAUGCAAAUGUCUGUUGGAAACGUUCAGUCACUUUCAUGGGAGACAUACGAUGAAGAUGUUUCUGCAUUGGAGGACAAUUCGAUGAUCACCUCAGUUGGACUGUUGGAGCAGGUGAAUAUCACCAGGGACACCAGUGACUAUCUGUGGUACAUGACCAGUGUUGAAAUAAGUUCAUCUGAAGCAUUUUUGCGUGGGGGCGAACGUCCCACUCUUAUCGUGCAAUCAGCAGGCCAUGCUCUCCACGUUUUCAUCAAUGGACAACUUUCGGGAUCUACCUACGGGAGCAGGGAAGAUAGGAGGUUUGUGCAUACCAGUAAAGUCAACCUGCGUGCUGGAGCUAACAGAAUUGCACUCCUAAGUGUUGCUAUGGGACUACCAAAUGUCGGGGCUCAUUUCGAGAGUUGGAGCACUGGAGUCCUGGGUCCGGUAGCUCUGCAUGGUCUUAAUGAGGGAAAAAGGGACUUGACGUGGCAGAAAUGGUCUUAUCAGGUUGGUUUGAAAGGAGAGGCCAUGAAUCUUGAGUCCCCGAAUGGCAUUGCGUCUGUGGAAUGGAUGCAAGCAUCAUUAGCCGUUCAAAAACAGCAGCCCUUGACAUGGUAUAAGGCUUAUUUUGAUGCACCCGGGGGAGAUGAGCCGUUGGCUUUGGACAUGGGGAGUAUGGGAAAGGGUCAAGUGUGGAUUAAUGGGCAGAGCAUUGGAAGAUAUUGGAGUGCUGUUGCGAAUGGCAUGUGCAACGAGUGCAGUUAUGCUGGGACAUAUCGAGCGCCAAAAUGUCAAACUGGCUGUGGCCAGCCAACACAACGCUGGUACCAUGUUCCCCGGUCUUGGGUACAGCCGAACAGAAAUCUGCUGGUAGUUUUUGAAGAAAUUGGUGGUGAUGCAUCAGGCAUCUCUCUUGCGAAAAGAUCAGUCUCGACUGUUUGCUCUGAUGUUUCAGAGUGGCAUCCCAUGAUAAAGAACUGGCAUAUUGAGAGCUAUGGCAAGUCGGAAGAGAUCCACAGGCCCAAGGUGCACUUGCGUUGUGCACCUGGACAAUCUAUCUCGGCCAUUAAAUUCGCGAGCUUCGGAACACCAUCUGGAACUUGCGGAAAUUUCCAGCAGGGAGCUUGCCACUCUCAAAACUCGUACAGCGUCCUAGAGAAGAGGUGCAUAGGUCAGCAGCGAUGUGCUGUGACGAUAGCCAUGAGCAAUUUCGGCGGGGACCCAUGCCCCAACGUGCUGAAGCGAGUGGCUGUGGAAGCUGUUUGUACCAGUACAACACAACCAAACCCAUGAGGUUGGCAGAGAUGGAAUCAAAGAUGAGUUCCAAACAAUUGUAUGGAGUGGUUUGCUUAACUGUAUAGUCACCCUGGGUAGGGAAAAAGAAAAGGUUUUUAAGUAUAGGAAAGCUUUUAAGUAGUUUGCAAAAGGUUUAUUAGUAUAGGAAAGCUUUUAAGUAGUUUGCGGGAUCCGACGGUUUAGUUACUUGUGUGAUGGAUGCCUUGCAUUUACUGCCGUUGGAUUGUGUUUCUGCAAAAUAGUAGCUGCAGUUUUGGGGCGUUAACCACGGGCCCCAAAUCUGACGUGUCAGAUUCCGGUCCCUCAACUUUUAACCAGGAAUGGGCGCCGGAGAUUUAAUGAAUAGAUGAAGAAUAGGGGGAUGAGGGGAAACUUCUGGAGAAGAUGCUCAUUUGCUAUUAUUGAUGUGUCUUUUUUCUUUUUUCCUGAUGAAUAAUGGAUGAGAGUGUUGUGGUGUAUUAUUAUUGAGAGAAGAAGCAAAUGUUAUUGGGGAAUUGUAUGUUUGUUGUUGGAUUUAGUCAAUUGAAAGGACAAGGAAUUGCUGCCUCUA